AGAAGAUGCUGGUUUCUUUGGCAUUGUGUGCAGUCUUGCUAAUAGGAAGGGGUGAAGCUCAGGAUGAUGACUGGAUUGAUCCAACAGACAUGCUGAAUUAUGAUGCAGCUUCAGGAACAAUGAGGAAGCCUUAUAAGGUGAAUAAAGAUGAUUCUGAAAGUAAGAAAGUGUCAACAGAAGCAGUGGCAGAAGUAAAUACUGUGGAUGUUUCCCUGUGCCAAAGAAAAUUAGAUUCACUAAUUUUGAAGCUUGAAGACUAUGAAAGGAAAGAUAAAGCCAAGUUAUAUGAAAGCAAUAGCAUCCAUGUAUUUAAGAGAUACUUGAAUAAGAUUUUAAAUGAAGCUGGAAGAAUUGGUCUUCCUGAUGAUAGCUCCGGGGAUAUGCACUAUGAUGCUGAAAUCAUCCUCACUAAACAGACAUAUAAUGAAAUUAACAGAUUCCUUAAUGAAGAGGGCUGGAAAUCAGCUGCUUUAGAUGAUGCACUUAGUGAUAUUCUGAUUAAUUUUAGACAUCAUGAUUAUGAAGCUUGGAAAUGGAAGUUUGAGGAUACAUUUGGAAUUGACCCAUAUACUGCUUUCAUGGUACUUCUGUGUUUAGUAUGCAUUGCAGUAAUUGUUGCUACAGAACUGUGGACACGCAUUGGUUGGCUUACACAGCUAAAACGUGUUAUGUUCAUAAGUUUUCUCAUCAGUUUUGGAUGGAACUGGAUGUAUCUAUAUAAGAUAGCCUUUGCCCAGCAUCAAGCUGAAGUGGCUACAAUGGGAAAUUUUGAUAACGUUUGUGCAGAGAAGAUCCACUGGAGUGAUAGUAUUAUGGAAUGGCUUAGAAGCUCAUGGACCUUCCAAGAUGAUCCUUGCCAAAAGUAUUAUGAAACUCUAUUAGUAAAUCCCAUUUUGCUCGUUCCUCCAACAAAGGCAUUGGCUGUUACUUUUACCAAUUUUGUAACAGAGCCAUUGAAGCACAUAGGCCAAGGUAUUGGUGAAUUUAUUAGAGCUCUCAUGAAAGAGAUCCCAGUGUUGCUACAGAUUCCAGUACUAAUCAUCAUAGCAGGAGCAGUUUUGAUUUUUUGCUAUGGAGCAGGAAGAUCAGUUACUGCACUAAGGCAACUAAGUUACCAGGACAAGCAGCAACCUCCCCCACUUCCUCCAUGGAGUGGACAACAAGAAUCAAUUCUGUAUCCAAAUGGUGCAAAACUUAAGGGCGGCUACUUGAUGGGAGGCACUGGCAGUAUCUCACCAGGACCUUAUGACAGAGGAGAUGCUUCAGUGAACAGACACCAGCCUACAAAAGAUGAUCAUGAAAGCAACAUUGAAGUUUUGCAAGCAGGUGAUAUGCUAGAUGACCCAACAGGGGAACAUCCCAAGUUGACAGUCAAAAGCAAUUCGUCUUCUGAAGAACACUCAGAGAAAGAAGAAGAAAAAAAGAAAAGUGAAGUCCAUCUAACUGGAUUGCAUGCUAAACCAAGUGAUGAGGCUACAGAUAAAACAGAGGGGAAGAGCACAGAUCAGACUGUGGAUGAAGGAAAGACUAAUGAACUAGACAGAUCUUGCCACAUGGAACAACCUGUAGAAGGCAACAGAGAUGAAACAAAGUAUAACAUUCAUGAGGAUGAGAGGAUGAAAGAAGAUGCUCUGCAUUCAACAAGAUUAAAGAGGAAAGAGAACAGCUCAUGUGCCUCAGAAGAAGACACCAAGAUAACAGAGAGUUUGAGCUUUACUGAACAAAAUCAGAGGAACACUGCUUCCUGACCUUCAUUUUUACAUGGAAACCUUUUUGUAAAAAAAAAAAAAAAAACACGUCUGCUUAGAAAACUAUAAAAUGUAACUGUUUUGAACUGACGGAAUGGUUUACUUUGUCAUUUAUUGAUAACUACAGGAGCAUCUUGCAUUCUAGUUAGAUUAAUAGAGGCAUGCUUUUCUAGAAGACCUAAAUUAUGUUUACUAGUUAUUUGAUUUCAUACUGCAGUUUCAACAGAUUUUUAAAGCAUCUUCUGGGAGAUUUGAGUCUACAUUUCAUGUAUAAAAAUAUGUUUGAAAGAUUUUGUAUUUGUAAUUUACCAGCAAAAUAAAAAAAAAAACAGCAAA